AUGCGUGAGGACUUGCCGCGAGUGUUGGACUACGUGUCUGCUGAGGCCUACAACCUGGGCGUGCGAAGCUCCGUGCAGCGAGGGUCCGACUGGGACGCGGAGGAAGCCCAAGAGCCGGCUGAGGUCCUCAGGUCCACAGUGAAGCGCCGUAUCAACGCCUGGCUCCCGCUGCAUCUUGAUGGCAACGGGGUCAUGCGGCAUGCGUAA